GAUCUCCCGUCCUCCCGUCGUCUGCUGUCCGUCGCUUGGGCAGCAGGGGGCCGCUCUUCCGAAUAAUCUGGGACACCGUUUUGGGGGCGCUUCGACAGGGUUUUAGGCGUGGAAAGACGCUGACGACGGGCAUGCCGACGCCCAUGCGCCUGCGGGACCUGAUCCGGCAGAUCCGGGCGGCGCGCACGGCGGCGGACGAGCGGGCGGUGGUGCAGAAGGAGUGCGCCUACAUCCGGUCGACCUUCCGGGAGGAGGACAACACGUGGCGCUGCCGCAAUGUGGCCAAGCUGCUCUACAUUCACAUGCUGGGCUACCCGGCCCACUUCGGGCAGCUCGAGUGCCUCAAGCUGAUUGCCUCGGGACGGUUUACGGACAAGCGCAUCGGCUACCUGGGGGCCAUGCUGCUGCUGGACGAGCGCCAGGAUGUGCACCUGCUCAUCACCAACUCGCUCAAGAACGACCUGGGCUCGCCUACCCAGUUUGUGGUAGGCCUGGCCCUGUGCGCCCUGGGCUCGAUCUGCUCGCCCGAGAUGAGCCGGGACCUGGCGGGCGAGGUGGAACGCCUCCUCAAAACCUCCAAUGCCUACGUGCGCAAGAAGGCGGCCCUGGGCGCCUUCCGCAUCAUCCGCAAGGUGCCCGAGCUCAUGGAGAUGUUCAUCCCGGCCACCCGGUCCCUGCUCACGGAGAAGAACCACGGGGUGCUCAUCACGGGGGUGAUCCUCAUCACGGAGAUGUGCGAGCGGAGCCCUGACACGCUGCAGCACUUCAAAAAGUCCGACGAGCUGGUGCCCAACCUGGUGCGCAUCCUCAAGAACCUGAUCAUGGCGGGCUACUCCCCGGAGCACGACGUGUGCGGCGUGAGCGACCCCUUCCUGCAGGUGAAGAUCCUGAGGCUGCUGCGGCUGCUAGGGCGUAACGACCCGGACGCGAGCGAAGCAAUGAACGACAUCCUGGCCCAAGUGGCGACCAACACGGAGACGAGCAAGAACGUGGGCAACGCCAUCCUGUACGAGUCGGUGCUCUCCAUCAUGGACAUACGGUCAGAGAGCGGGCUCCGAGUGCUGGGAGUCAACAUUCUGGGCCGCUUCCUGCUCAACACGGACAAGAACAUCCGCUACGUGGCGCUCAACACGCUGCUGCGCACGGUGCACGCCGACUACACGGCGGUGCAGCGCCACCGCAACACCAUCGUGGACUGCCUCAAGGACCCCGACGUGUCCAUCCGCAGGAGGGCCCUGGAGCUGUGCUUUGCACUCAUCAACACGCACAACAUCCGGGCCAUGACCAAGGAGCUGCUGGUGUUCCUGGAGAAGGCAGACCCAGAGUUCAAGGCUCUCUGCUCCUCCAACCUGUUCAUUGCGGCCGAAAUGUAUGCUCCAACCAAGCGGUGGCACAUCGACACAAUGAUCCGGGUGCUGAGGACGGCAGGCAACUACGUGCGGGACGACGUGGUGGGCAGCCUGAUCCAGCUCAUCUCGGACACGGAGGCCCUGCACGCUUACACGGCCCAGCAGCUGUGGCGCCAGCUGGCCCUGGCGGACUGGGCCGCCACCCAGCCCCUGGCCCAGGUGGCGGCCUGGUGCUUGGGCGAGUACGCCGACCUCCUGAGCCAGAGCCCGCCCCCCGGCCAGGAGGACUGGGAGCCCUGCACGGUGACGGAGGACGAGGUGCUGGACCUGUACCAGAAGAUGCUGAGUAACAACCAGGUGCAGCUGGUCACCAAGGAGUACGCCCUGACCUCGCUCAUGAAGCUCAGCGUGCGCCUCGCCUCGUCGGCCCCGCGGGUGAAGAAGCUGGUGGACGCCUUCGGGGGCAGCCUGAACGUGGAGCUGCAGCAGCGGGCGGUGGAGUUCUCGUCGCUCUUCUGCCGCCACGACCGGCUGCGGGGCAGCCUGCUGGAACGCAUGCCGCCCAUGGAGGCCCGGGCCCCGGGUUCGGCGGGCCGCCAGGACGACGAGGGGCCUCCCGCCCCGCCCCCCGCCCCCCAUCCGAGCGCCUUGCUGGACCUGCUGGGGGCCGGCGGGGGCCCUACUCGGGAGCCAGGGGGGGGCGGCGACCUGCUGGACCUGCUGGGAGGCCUGGACCUGCCCGACGCCUCUAUUCCAGCCUCUGUGCCGGCCUCUGUGCCGGCCUCUGUUCCGGCCUCUGUUCCGGCCUCUGUUCCAGCCUCUGUUCCGGCCUCCCUUGCCGACCUCUCGGAUGGCCCUGUUAACGGAAGCGCUCUCUCUGCGGCCGGCGGCCCCCUGACGGUGCUGGACCGGGACGGGCUGCGAGUGGACUUUGCCUUUGAGCGGCGGCCGGCCCACGAGCUGCUCAUCCACCUGACAGCCCUCAACUCGCUGGCCGAGCCCAUGACGGACUUCCUGUUCCAGGCGGCCGUGCCCAAGACGUUUGAGCUGCAAAUGCUGCCCCCGGACGGGUCGGUGAUCGAGGCACAGCAGUGCGUGCGCCAAAGUCUGCGAGUGACGAGCCCGGACGGCCAGAGCCCCCUGCGCAUGCGCAUCCGGCUGUCGUAUUCCGUCCACGGGGCACCUGUCCACCACCAGGCGGAGCUCAAGGACUUCCCGGACUCCCUGUGGCACUGAGGCCUUGUCGUGCCCGAGGAUUGCCCCAGGAGUGCCCCAGAAGUGCCCCAGGAGUGCCCCUGCGGGCAGGUGGAAGAGCGGAGGGCACACCAGCGGGCUCGCUGGGCGAUCCCCUGUCUUCGGCACGCUCUGCGGGACACUUUGGAGAGAAUAAAGUGGAGCCACACGUGGUCAGCCUUCA